GAAAAAAGGUGGGAAAUGUGAGGGGAAAAGGGAGGGAAAUGUGAGGGGAAAAGGGCAGAAAAUGUGAGGAAAAAGGGUGAAAAACACGAGUGGAAACAUGAAAGUUAAAAAGGGCCAGAAACAUGAGGGGAAAAGAGUGGGAAAUGUGAGGGGGAAAAGAGCGGCAAACGUGAGGGGAGGAAAAUGGCGGGAAAAAAAUGGCGGGAAACGUGAGGGGGAGAAAAUGGCGGGAAACAGGAGGCAAAAGGUGGAAACUCUGAGGGGGGAUGGAAAAAGGGAAAAUUUCCACCCCCCAGCCGGCAAAUCCACCUUCGUGAAGCGGCACCUGGUCCCGGCGGGAUAUGAGUACGUCAACAGGGACACGCUGGGCUCGUGGCAGCGCUGCGUCUCCGCCUGCUCGGCCGCCCUGGCCAAGGGUCAGCCCGUCGUCGUCGACAACACCAACCCCGACCCCGAGUCGCGACAGAGGCCAGUCGGGGCACUGGGAGGGCACUGGGAGGUGUUGGGGGGCACUGGGAGGGCACUGGGAGGUGUUGAGCGGCACUGGGAGAGGCAUUGGGAGCUGAGUGGAAGCACUGGAAGG